UGGGGGUGUACCAGCAUGGCGUCGUGCUCCUUCGGGAGUAACAAGAUGGCUAACUUCCGGAGCGAAUACAAGCGCCCCCUGUGGCUAAAUGGUGAAUGCAGGGAGAUUGUCGGCUCCUGGUCCAGGGCGGGCCGGGUCUCCAUGGAUACACAGGAGGAUGCUCGGCGCUGUGUGAGUCGAGAAGAAGAGAUGGAGAACCCUGAGAGCCCGGCUGCAUGUCGCCUGCCAUGGGACUGUUUCUCAGCAUGGCUGGACGGUGUCUGUGUGGUCACAUUCGACCUGGAGCUGGGGCAGGCUAUGGAGCUGGUAUAUCCCCAGGACAUCAGGAUCACAGAAAAGGAGAAGACCAGCAUCUGCUACCUUUCCUUUCCAGAUUCAUAUUCAGGAUGUCUGGGUGACACACAGUUUACAUUUCGCAUGAGACGUUCUGCAGGGCAGAGAUCUGUGUUCCAGGAGGAUGAAAACUACAAUCGAGAAGCUCCUGCUUCAUUGCAGAGGGAUACUGCCCAUUACUUUGGGUAUGUUUAUUUUCGGCAAGUCAGAGACAGCUCUGUGAAGAGAGGAUACUUUCAGAAGUCACUGGUCCUUCUCUCCAGUCUGCCUUACAGCAACUUGUUCCACACCCUGUUGCAGCUCAUUGCCCCAGAGUAUUUCAAUAAAUUGGAGCCCUGUCUGGAAGCUGUUUGUAAUCAAAUUGACCGAUGGCCACUUCCUGAACCCGGGCUUUCACUGUCUUUACCUAUCAUGGGUCUUGUCCUGCAGGUUAAAAUACCAAGUCGAUCAGAUAUAACAGAUGUCAGUGUUACAAACGAACAGCAAAAGGACCAGUUGGAUCCACCAUAUCACAUUACCAGCGUCCAUGAACUGGACCUUUUCAGGUCCCUGCAGUCUGUCCUGAUGAACCUCCAGUUGCUAUGGGAGCUGGUAUUGCUGGGAGAGCCUUUAGUUAUCAUGGCUCCUUCACCCACCAUUUCAUCAGAAAUUGUGUUGGCUCUGACUGGCUGUAUUUCUCCUUUAAAAUUCUGCUCAGACUUCCGUCCCUACUUCACCAUUCAUGACAGCGAGUUCAAAGAGUAUACUACAAGAACUCAGGCUCCGCCCAGUCUACUCCUUGGAGUCACCAACCCUUUCUUCAUUAAAACACUUCAGCACUGGCCACACAUUCUGCGUGUUGGAGAACCACGCAUGUCAGGAGAUUUACCCAAACAAGUAAAACUAAAGAAGACCAACAAGAUCAAGACCUUGGACACAAAAGCAGGAAUGUAUACUUCCUACAAGCCAUUUCUUCACAAAGACAAGACACUAAUUAAGCAGUUAUUGAAGGGCCUCCAAAAGAAACUCCCUUCCUCUACACUCAGUUCUUUACUCCGAAAACAUCUGUUUGAACUAACCCAGAGCUUCAUCAUUCCUCUGGAGCGGUACAUGGGCAGCCUGAUGCCACAUCAUAGCUCCAUCACCCCUUGGAAGAAUCCUCCUCAGGUGCGUCCAUUCCAGCAGGAAGAGUUAUUGAAAAUGCUAGAACACACAGGUCCACAGUUCAGCUCUGCUAUAAAAGGGGACUGGAUGGGUCUAUACAGGCGCUUCAUGAAGUCUCCACAUUUUGAUGGAUGGUAUCGACAAAAACAAAAAGAAAUGAGAGAGAAACUGGAGACUGCACACCUCAAGGUCAUCUGUGAAGCAAAUAUUGGAACGUGGAUCAAGAACAAAUCAGAAGUUGAGAUUGUGGAUCUAGUGCUGAAACUGCGAGAUAAACUGCUCCGUGCUCACAGACAACACCUUCCUGUCAGCUCAGUCUCCCUGAAUAGACUGAAGCAUCACAUAGAUGCAGUCAUAAGCUCUCUGCCUGACGAUCUGCAGAGCAUCUUACAUCCUCACUGAUUGACUUAGAGAACAUCCUGCAUCCUUGGAAAAUAGAUUUGUAAGGCUUCCAUUAUCUCACUGGCAGAGCUCCACAGAAUAAGAGAAUCUUUGGCUUUACUGAGAAGGACAUGCACAGCAUUCUGCAUGCCCAAUAUGAGCAUGCAGGAUGCUGGACAGGUCUCUCUCUGAGAGCCCUAAGCACCAUCCUCUAUUCCCACUAAAAGAGCUCUGCAGCAUAGAACUGCACAACAAUCUGCAUCCUCACCUGAACCGCAAAAAAAGCAUCUAUAGGUGAAGAGAGUUGGCCAGAAUCCUGUAUUUUCACUCAAAGUAACAAACUAGUCCUGCCUGCUUCCUAAGAGCAACACGCAUUCUAAGCUAUCCAUCAAAGAGAGCUGUGCAGCAUAAUCAUUGGGUUUUGUACUGCAUAAUCUUCAUUCCUUCACAGAGAACCUGUACAGCAUUCCACAUGCUCACUCUCAAUAUUAUAUUGUUUGUGAAGGAAACUAAAAGAGUCAUCGUGGCUAAUUCAAUAAGAAAAGACAGUGAGAAUAUAUAGUGGCAUACAUACACAGGUGGCUUUCUCGUACAUAGAGCAAUAGAUAGCUGUGUUCAUUCUCAGUAAGACACAUACAGCACCCUACCUCUUUAAUGGAAGCAACCAUCAAAGUAAGAUUUUCAUUGAGACACAUGCACAGUAUCCUACAUACAAAAGAAAAUACCUAUACAUUAAUCUAAUCCCUAUUCAAAUGAAUGUAUAAUGGCCUAUAUGCCCAAUGAGUUCAAUGCACAUUACAUGAAAUCCUCACUGAGAUACCUGCACCAUAUACUAUAUAUUCAUUGAGAUACCUGGACCCAUAUCUCCACUGAGAUACAUGCACGGUAUCCAUAUAUUAUAUGCCUGUUGAGAUAAUUGCUCGGUGGUCUGUAUUGCCACCAGGUUACCUGCACUGUGUCCUAUAUCUUUAAUAAGAUACAUGCACCGUGCCUUAUAUCACAGAUAAGGUACCUGCACAGUAUGUUUUAUCUCACUAAGGUACCUGCACGUAUGUCCUAUAUUCUUAAUUAAAUAGAUAUAGUUAGUAUACUGAACUAAAUGUGAUGUCCUCUAACAAUAAUGAAGUCCUGCUUUAUCCUCACUGAGGUACCUGCAUAAUGUCCAAAAGCCACCUGUGAUACCCGCACAGUAUGCUUUAUCCCCACUAAAUUAUGUGCCCAGUAUGUAAAUCCACCUGAGGUACCUGCAGAGUAUUCUUUAUUCCCACUGCAGUACCUGCAAUGUAUGUCAAGCCAAGUGAGAUACCUGUCCAGAAUGCUUUAUCCCCAUUGAGGUAUCCUAAAACUACUUGAGAUACCUGCACAGUAUGCUUUAUCCUAACCACAGUAUCUGCCUAGUAUGUAAACCCACGUGAGAUACAUGGACAUUAUGCUUUAUUCCCAUUGAGGUAUCCUAAAUCUACUUGCGAUACCUGCGCAGUAUGCUUUAUACCCACUACGGUAUCUGCCCGGUAUGUAAAGCCACGUGAGAUACCUGCACAGUACGCUUCAUCUCAACUGAAAUAUCUGCAUAGUAUCCUAAACCGAGAAACCUGCAUUUUAUCGCAGCUGUGUACUGAGAGGGAUCUGCACAAUAUCCUAGCGUCUCACUGAGAGACGAGCACAGUCAUAUCUUCUUUCUGAGACUUGCACAGAGUCAUAUCUCCUCUCUGAGGCAUGCAUAGAGUCAUAUUUCCUCUCUGAGACCUGCAUAGAGUCAAAUCUACUAUCUGAGACCUGCAUAGAGUCAUAUAUCCUUUCUGUGACCUGCACAGACUCAUGUUUUCCUGCAUGGCAGCACCUGUAUAGUGCCAUAUAUCCUCACCUAAUGCACAUUUCCUCAUCAAGAUUAUCAGCCUAUAAUACAGCGAUAGACAAAGUGGAGAAACACAUUAUUAUCUUCUUUAUACGAAAUUGACAUUUUGUCUGAUGCUCAAAGGCAAGUAUACUGCACACCCCUUUUAAGAUUCAUGCUUCAUUAUGCCAUUCAAUGAAAAAUGUCAAUCUGACUAUGCUAUCGCUAAAAAAGACAACAGAUUGUUAAUAUUGUUUAGAAAUGAGCCACUAUAUAUGAAUCUGUAAACGAAAUCUGGAAUUAUUAAAUUGACUAGAGCAAAUUUUAAGCCAAGAUGGUUGAAUUGGAAACAUUAUUUGUUUUGAUUGCUUGAAACCCUCCACCAUUCCAGAUUAAUAAACAGAUCCAUACUAAAAAAAAAUGCAGUAAUCUAAAAUACAAUUUGAAAGUUGCUAAGUGAGGAUAUUUUAAGCUGGGAAUUAAAUAAAACAUAAUUUAUACAUAGGAACCAUAGAAAGCACAAUUGCAGCUGCACAGCAAAAUCAACACACACAUCUGUUAGGAGUUUAAGGUCGUUAUGACAAUAGGACAAUGUUUGUAACUCUAAUGGCCUAUAUUACUACCUUAGGCUGAUCUUCUGAUCAUUUGUAUUACA